GGCGAACGAACCCGCGGUAGCCAUUUAUCUGUUGUUUUUAGCCGUUUAGCUAAACAGAGAAGUACUUAAAAUGUCAGAUGUCUCCACGAUGGAAAUGGAUGCUUCCUUCACGACUAAAGAACAGGAUCUAUCAGAAACACAGGAAGAUCCAACAAACCUUCGCUGUAAAAAGUGCCGCCGCUGUCUCAUAGACUCGACAAGCCUGCCUAAGAUAGUGACAUCUGGGGAGGCUGAAGCCAUGUGCAGCGUGUGGCAUUUGAAUGUUGACACGUUGCCAGACUGGAUUCUGGCAAGUAUUAAUCAGGCACAUUGGACAGUGGGGAAAAUAAACUGCCAGCACUGUGGAGCUCGCUUGGGAGGUUUCAAUUUUAUAAACUGCUCCAAAUGCACCUGUGGACACAAUACAGCCGUGCAUCUCAGUAAGAGUCGUGUUGAUCAGGAUUUAAAACCUCAAGUUCUCUUGACCAGACCUGGCAGAUCCAGAGGUCAUACUGAGAGAAGGGUGGAUAGGGUAGCGUCUUCCCAACAGACAAGAGACUCAGUGACUGAACUACAGAGAAUACAAAUACAGUCCAGUUUGUUAGAUAACUUACCCUCUUCAUCAACCUUCAGCUCCUCUCGUGCUGUUCUCCGUGCAGUCACAACUGGUGAUGACACUGAACUUGAAAUUGCGUCCAGUGAAGACCCACACAUUGUCAGAACUGUUGAAGUGGGCACACAUGGGAUUUUACCUUUUGAAUCAAUACACCCAACACAGCUAUCUGAUUAUCAGGAAAUCUUAGAGGAACAUCGUGUGGAUUCUGCUUCACAGAGCAGAUUAACUCCAGACACAGAAGUGGAUCCAGAAGAUGUUAGACUUAGAGAUAUAGAGGAGGCGUCAAGAAACGUCUCACCCAUCCCACAACCAAAGCUCCCCAAGAGAGAGAAGAAUCGCCUGAAAGGCUUGAGAAGGAAGCAGAGGAAGAAAGAGCUCUGGAUUCAAAAGCAACAGGAGGCAAAAGAUCUGGCUCUAAAGUGGGACCUUACCAGCAGUGAUGAGGAGGAGAAGGAGGGAUACACAUGUGCUGUGUGUUUAGACGUGUAUUACAGUCCCUACAAGUGCCAUCCUUGCAGUCACGUGUUCUGCGAGCCUUGUUUGAGAACACUGGCUAAGAACCGGCCAAGUCACACACCCUGCCCCCUCUGCAGAACCCUCAUAUCUCAUGUGCUGUUUCAGGAAGAGCUCAAUCUAACUACCAAGGCUUGCUUCCCAAAGGUUUAUUGGUCAAGACACGAGACCUUUCAAAAGACCAACUAUUCCAAAUGGCCCCUGCCCAACUGUCCAAAGCGUUUCCGCAUUUUUUGGGGGUUUCAGAGGCAAGGGGUUCCUGCUAGUCGCUGGCAGUUCCCUCACAGAGCAUUUGGACUGAAUGUUAUGGACUUGGGUGACAUGUGGGGCUGGCCAUUUGAUGUUGAUUAUAUGAUCAUCUCUAUUUACUCUUUGCACUGGGUGCUGGCGUUGAUCAUCUUCUGUGCACUAUAUUACUUCUUCGUUCUCUGAUGCUCUGAGGGCUGGAUUUCACUUUGCUGGACGAUGACUGUUGUUGAUAGUGGACAUUUCAUCAAGUGCCUCAUUCUUUUUAGUGCAAAGAAUCUUCAGAUAUGAAACAGCAUUAGGCUAUUUGUGUGUUUUGUUUGUGGUUGAGGUCUUAAAGGGUCUGUGCAAUCCAUACCAUUUGAGCUUUUAGCUUAUAUUACAUUUGACGUUCACAGAGUAUUAUAAUACUGUAGAAAUGUAAAAUAAUAGAAAGCAAUAAUUUUGAGAUAAUGCUGGACACUUUAAUGAGUUGCCUUUGCUUGCUAUAACAUCUCGGUUAGAUGCAUGUCUACCAGAUUUAACUUGUUGCUUUUGAAUGAAUGAUAUCUGCUACAAAUAUAUUUGUUUUAUUAGUUUUAAUGCCUUCUUUUACACAGUAAAAUGUUUGAGAACUGAUACUGAUCUGUCUGAUGAGACCAUUAUUCAAGGCCUAAAAUGACAGAAAUCUUAAAGAUGGUGCAUGUGCUUUUAAUAAAUCAUAUUAAAACAUAUAUUACAAAUA